CGCUGAGAGAGUGGAAUUUCACAAAAGCAGUGUGGACUGGCUUGAUGGUGAACUUUCCAGCCACCUAGGGCUGUAAUUCCUUGGUGUGGCGGCCAGGAGACUCUGAAGGGCAACAGUUUUGUCAGGCUCCGCUGGACACGACCUUAGAAGCGGCCACCUGGGUAGAAGACAGUGUGAGGAAUGCUCAAGGGGCUGUGGGGUGCCACCUGGACCCCUUCACCUUGGUAGAGGAGUGCUCUUGGCCUGGUUUCUGAUGGCAGUAAGGGCGGAAGAAGACUGCAGUCCAGGAUGGCUCUGCCGGUCUGUCCAAAGGCACUCAGCUGGUUCCGGCCGAGCUCCGACUUCCCGAGUGAGGCGCAUGACCCCUGCAUACCGGGCCUCCAGGGGCCCCAGGCUUGAGGGCCUGCCGUCCCCCACCCCCUUGGAAAGGCCAGGAGAGGAGCCUGUGCUGGUCUAGAGCCUCCACUUCUGCCCUGGACUGCAACACCUUAGUGCCCCCCACUCUCCCGGUUCAAUCAUGGCGAAGCUGGAGACACUACCUGUGCGGGCUGACUCAGGGCGGGAUCCCCUUCUGGCCUUUGCCCCACGGCCCUCUGAGCUCGGACCCCCAGACCCUCGUCUGGCCAUGGGCAGCGUGGGCAGUGGAGUGGCCCACGCCCAGGAGUUCGCCAUGAAGAGCGUGGGCACCCGCACAGGGGGUGGGGGCAGCCAGGGCCCUCGAGCUGGAGGCAGUGGGGCCAGCAGGGAGAGGCCAGGCCGCUACCCGUCUGAGGACAAGGCUCUCGCCAACUCCCUCUACCUCAACGGCGAGCUGCGGGGCAGCGACCACACGGACGUCUGUGGCAACGUGGUGGGCAGCAGUGGUGGCAGCAGCAGCAGCAGCAGCAGUGACAAGGCCCCACCACAGUAUCGCGAGCCCAGCCACCCACCUAAGCUCCUGGCCACCUCUGGCAAGCUAGACCAGUGCUCAGAGCCGCUAGUUCGGCCUUCCGCCUUCAAGCCUGUUGUACCCAAGAACUUCCACUCCAUGCAGAACUUGUGUCCCCCACAGACCAGCGGGACCCCUGAGGGACGACAGGGUCCUGGGGGCCUCAAGGGUGGACUGGACAAGUCUCGGACCAUGACCCCAUCGGGCGGGGGUGGGGGCAGCCUCUCAGACUCCGGCCGGAACUCCCUCACAAGCCUGCCCACCUACAGCUCCAACUACAGCCAGCACGUGGCGCCCCUCAGCGCCUCCACCAGCCACAUUAACCGCAUCGGCACUGCCAGCUACGGCGGUGGCAGUGGCAGUGGCACGGGCAGUAGCGGCGGCGGGUCGGGCUACCAGGACCUGGCCACCUCUGACAGUGGGCGGGCCUCUAGCAAGAGCGGGUCCUCCUCCUCCAUGGGGCGGUCUGGCCACCUGGGAGCGGGCGAGGGCGGAGGAGGUGGAGGCCUGCCGUUUUCGGCCUGCUCACCACCCUCGCCCAGUGCUCUGAUCCAGGACCUCGAGGAGCGGCUGUGGGAGAAGGAGCAGGAGGUGGCCGCCCUGCGCCGGAGCCUGGAGCAGAGCGAGGUGGCGGUGGCCCAGGUUCUGGAGGAGCGGCAGAAGGCGUGGGAGCGGGAGCUGGCCGAGCUGCGGCAGGGCUGCAGCGGGAAGCUGCAGCAGGUGGCCCGCCGCGCCCAGCGCGCUCAGCAGGGCCUGCAGCUGCAGGUGUUGCGGCUGCAGCAGGACAAGAAGCAGCUGCAGGAGGAGGCAGCCCGGCUGAUGCGACAACGGGAAGAGCUCGAGGACAAGGUGGCCGCCUGCCAGAAGGAGCAGGCCGACUUCCUGCCCCGGAUGGAGGAAACUAAGUGGGAGGUGUGCCAGAAGGCCGGGGAGAUUUCCCUCCUGAAGCAGCAGCUGAAGGACUCGCAGGCGGAUGUGUCCCAGAAGCUGAGUGAGAUCGUGGGGCUGCGCUCCCAGCUGCGGGAGGGCCGGGCCUCGCUGCGGGAGAAGGAGGAGCAGCUGCUCAGCCUGAGGGACUCCUUCAGCAGCAAGCAGGCCAGCCUGGAGCUGGCCGAGGGGGAGCUGCCUGCCGUCAAGCCGGCGCUGACCCCCGCGGACCCCGCCGCCGCCGCCGCUGAGCCGCAGGACGCGCUGGCCUCCUGCGAGAGCGACGAGGCCAAGAUGCGCCGGCAGGCGGGCGUGGCCGCCGCCGCCUCCUCCGUCUCCCUGGACGGGGAGGUGGAUGCGGGUGGGGAGAGCGGGACGCGGGCCCUGCGGCGGGAGGUGGGGCGGCUGCAGGCCGAGCUGGCAGCCGAGCGGCGAGCCCGGGAGCGCCAGGGGGCCAGCUUCGCGGAGGAGCGCCGCGUGUGGCUGGAGGAGAAGGAGAAGGUCAUCGAGUACCAGAAGCAGCUGCAGCUGAGCUACGUGGACAUGUACCAGCGCAACCAGCAGCUGGAGCGGCGGCUGCGUGAACGCGGGGCCGCGGGGGGUGCCAGCACACCCACCCCCCAACAUGGCGAGGAGAAGAAAGCCUGGACCCCCUCCCGCCUGGAACGCAUCGAGUCCACAGAAAUCUGAUCCCUGAUCUGGGCUUGGGACUUUUGACAAAUGCCCCGUCAAAGGCCAGAGCCCCCCUGUGUCCCGCCCCCGCCCCCAACAUCUCUCUUCCCCAGGUUUCCCGUAUCCCCAGACCAAAGAGGUUCUCAAAGCAGCUGUGACCAGGUCCCUUCCCUUCCUGCACUGAGUGCCCUCCUAGCUCUACUGUUGUCCCUCUGGGCAACCCACUGGGCCCUCCUCCCAAAGAGGGAACAGCGAGAGGGCAAAGCGAGCGAGCGAGCGAGCGGGGAUUAGGGCCCGGGCUCCCUUUGUUGGCACUCCCUUGUUGGAGAUGGAGGUGGCAGGCCUGUGUGCCCUGAGGUGCCCCAGCCCCUCGUGGGGUUGGCUACUCUGUGUCCAGUAAUGUUCGCUGUGCUCGCCUCCUAGGCCAUGUAACCUGAGGGGGUCUGCUGAAACUGAUAGGCCUUGGGCUCCUGGUCGCUCUCCUUCCUGCACUAUUCUCCCUUCCUGGGCAGAUGGGCAGGACAAGUGGGAGCAGAUGGCCUGCCUGCGGUUGAGAGGGCUACCUGCCCAGCCCCUCCCCACCAAGGUCUCUUGGGCUCAGGCCUCAGAGCCUGGCUUGGUCUGAGUGUGUGUCCAUAAGUGUGCGUUGAGGGAGGGUAGGGCUGGGGCUGGAGGCCCAGUGGGUCCAGGAAAGAUUUGCCCUCCUGUUCCUGGAAGGGUCACCUGGAGGCUUCUAAGCACUCCCUCCCCACACCCCUUCCAGGCCACAAUCCAAGGGCAAUAGCCUCACCUGAUUGGCUUGCCCCACACACAGGGCCACUGUCUGGUUCUAACUACAGCUAUUAAGUGCUACCUGCCUCUCAGGCACUCCCUCACCCAGUCCUGAGGUCAUGAGUGUCUGUGAUGUCUUUCCCACUCCAUUCCCCCAGCCUCUUGCUUUCAGCUCAGAACAUCGUUGUCACCUCUUCCCUCAAAACUCACCUUCUCUUCCAGUAGAAAUUUCUGCUUGAUAUUUGGUGCAUUCACUGCCCACUUCCAAGCUCCACUGGGCCCAAACCUGAGCCUGAGGCCCUGGUUUUGGGGGCGGAGGGUGUGAUUGCCCUUGAAUGACAAGGCUGACGUUUGGGUUCCCAGGGCCCUGAGGUAGUCCAGGGAAGGCCUGCCAUGGCCAUCCGUGGGGUUGGGGCAGCCAACGUGACUUCCUCCUCUGUGGGCCCUCUGAGAGUCCAUCUCCCCAAGGUAGGAAGGGAAAGGCAAAUUUCUAAUUCACCAGCAAUAAAAAUUGGAGGAGGCUUGGCCCUUAGCCCUUGUAUUUCUCUCUUUUUCACUCUCUUUCUCCCGCCCCCAAGACUAGGUUUGGGGACAGGGUGGAGAGAGCUGGCAACUACUGUGAGCAAGUCCUCUAACCCCUGACCAGCUUCCUCCCAUGACUGGUGACUGUUUAACAAGCUGUGCAUCCCCUAUGAAAUCAGGAGUGCCUCUCCGGGUGGCCUCUAUCUCUUUGCACAGCCCCUUCCUGUGGCCCUCACCAGAUCUCUGGGUUGGGGGCCCAUUCUGGCAAUCACUGCCGAUUCCACUCACCCCUCAGUGUACCUGUCCCAGAAUCUGGGCCUGGGCCAGAGGGGCAGGGGGAAGAGAAGGCAUUAGUAGGAAAAAAAAAAUUUUAAAAUAAAAAAAUAUAUAUUAACAGACUCAGCUUUGGGACUUCCAACUACAAAAUAAAUUAUAUAUAAAUAUAAAUAUAUAUAUAAAUAUAUAUCUCUACCAUAUGUGAUGGAAAGACUUUGUUUUCUUUUCCCAAAGAAAUAAAAUGGAGAAAGCCUCUUGAGCGGCA